ACCAAUCGCAGAGGGGAUGAAGAAAUGUUUGUUUGCCAACCGCCAAAACAACCACAGAAGAAGAAGAAGAAGAGGAAAUGCAUUGUGGGAACCAGGAAGUUAGCAGUUAACUCUGAGCUAGCAACAGCUGCAGAUGCUGAUAUGUCACUUCUCUCCCGACGUCUGGUUUUCUUGGAAUGCAGCCUCAAGGACUAGGUAGCAUCCACGAUGGAUUCCUCUGGUGCAGAAGCGUCAACCCACAGUGAAAGCAAAGACAACAUUGCACCAAGCACUUCAAAUAUACCAGGUCAGGGAGGAGAUGGACCAAAGUCAAAGAAAGCAUCGUUGAAGAGGAGUGCAGGUGAGCCGAAAAAUGCAAAAAAAACAAAGAAGCAGAAGAAGGCCAGAGUCUCCAGGCCUGCCCAGCUCGGCUACACCGUCCACCAAGGGGAAGACAUGCUUCUCGUCAUAUCGAGCAGCACGUCUCAGUACGAUGGCUCAGCCUGGAUGCCUCCGAAGAAGGGAAGAAAAAAGAAAAAGCUUGUUAAAGGAAAGUUAAAAGCCAAACCAAUAAAGAAAAAAAAGACAGUCCGUGCCAAAGCCGCACUGGCAAAUAAUCCGGUUAUCAAGACGCAGGAGGCCGCUGCUCCUUUUGUGCCACAGAAAGCAGUCGACCACAGAUGGGGUGAGAGUCUCCCCGAGGAGGUGCUGAUUAAUAUUUUUCAGAUGGUGGUUGUCCAAGAUGGCGCCGUGCCCUUUCUAUGCAGGGCGGGGAGAGUGUGUCGCCUGUGGAAUGCUGCAGCCUCCAGUCCCGUCCUGUGGCGUCAGGUGACUGUAGGUCACUGCUGGAUCGCACCAGGGAAAACACAGCUGCCCAAAACCGAACAGAAGAUUAAGGGGACUUUUGACUGGCUGGCUUCAAACAGAUUUUCUCAACUGCGAGACUUUUCUCUCUGUCACUGGAAAAAGAACGUUGACUAUGCCGUCGGGGUUGUCUCGCAGUUCUGCCCUCAUCUCCGCUCCCUCGCGCUCUCUUACUGCACCGGCCUGACGGCGAGCGCCUUCCAAGUACUCGGUCUGCACAGCCGGUCGCUGCAGAGCAUUAAUCUCCAGUAUUCAGAAUUUCAGGUUGAAGGUCUCCUGGAGUACCUGGAAAACCAUGGGAGCCAGAUCAAGCAGAUGUGGCUCACUCACGGACUAAAGAAUGACAGACUUCUUUCUGCCAUAACCAGGGGAUACUGUCCUGAUUUGGAGUUCCUGGAGGUCAACACGAGGCUCGACAGUAAAGAAUGUGAACUUUCCCUUUGCAUCCAGGCACUACAGGGGGCAUGCCCUAAACUCAAGUAUCCCACCGUGUUGACCCACGGAACGAGUACAUCUAUCGUAAAUUCCGAUCAGACCUUCCGGAUGCUGAACGUCAGACUUCGGCACAAAACGAUGCGCAGUGCUGCUGAUUCAGCGUUGGGCUUCCCACUGCUGGAGGAGCUAUGUAUGGCGACCACGUCGUAUUCCUACAUGACCGACAAGGACUUGUUGGACACUCUGUUCGGCUCCACGAGGCUGCGGGUGCUGGACUUGCGAGGCUGUACCAGAAUAACACCGUCGGGUCUCGCUGCGUUACCCUGUCUCGAGCUCGAGUGUCUCUUCUGGGGACACUAUUACAGCAGCCACGUCGGCUCGUCGGCACCUAAGAAGGGACUUCACCAGGUGACCCAGAAGUGGAGUCAGACUUUGCAGCAGCUUGACAUUGCUAAUCAACUCUUCACCGAGGAAGACCUGGAGAUAGCCAUGAGAUACCUCGCCCAGGCAACAGAGGCGGACACCCUGCGCUCACUCAACCUGAGUGGGACGAGGGUCACGCCACCUGCUCUCAGGUCAGUCAUCAGCCAAUUGACGGCUCUUAGUUACCUCAACCUUUCAUCCUGCCGCUAUCUCCCAAGAGGACUUAAGAAAAUUUACCGUGGCCAAGAAGACAUUCGCCAGCUGCUGGACAAACUAUAGUAGCACUGACACUCAUUUGGUUCCAAAAAUGUAUUUUCACUCUCUCACAUGUCUUUUAACAUUCCUCUUUGUAUAUUAUGUUGUUUAAGUAAUGAGGUUAUUUUACACUUUGUUUAAUUGUAAAUGUUGCUUUAUAUGUAUAUUGUUCAUGUUAACACAAAACAAAUGCAGAAACUAAGGGUUUGAAAAAACCUGAUUCAAAUACAUUUACACUACCAGUCAUACGUUUUGGAACACCUUCAUUGUCUUUCUCACUGAAAUUUGUCUCAAUGUAAGACAAACACACUUCUCUCCACAACGGACAUUGUUGGCCUAACUCUGUUGCGAAGGUUCCCACAAAGGUGUUGCACUUGUGGGUUGCUUCACAUUCUGUCUAGUUCAUAUCAAACCACCUCCAUGGGGUUUAAGUCUGGAAACGGUGCUGGUCUUUUCCAUCAAGUGAACCCACGUCCUAGUUUUUCCUUAAUGUUUUCUGUCAUCUUGCCGUACGAAGAACCCCUUUACAGUCUAACUUACAUUAGAGAGUCUUGUACACAAUGAUAUAACAUUUUUGCAAGUAUUAAAACUAUUGAUGAAAAAAAAAAAA